AUGGAGGCAGGCACAAGUGCUGUUAAAAUUGUUAAAAUUGUCAAUGUGGCCCCAGUUUUUGGGGCAAAAGUCACAAACAUGAAUAUAGAUGAUAGAAAAGCCGAAAAAAGGCAUAUUGAACCCGAAGUGAGUGAAGCUGAGAGCGAGAUUGAAGAUGAUUUUAUUUUGUUUAAUAAACCAGUGCCCUUUAGCCAGCUGUUAAAGAAGCAAACAAAGAAUAACAAAUUUGAAGUUUUAGGAGGUAAUCCUGACAAUCAAAAUCCAAGUACCUCCAAUGACAACAAUGAUAACAAUGUCAAAGAAUGUAAAAAGAGCGGUGCAGUGACGUGGAAACAAAAAGAAGAUGCAUGGAAAAAAAUUGAGGGGGAAUUUAACUCUGGGGUAAAGUCAACCUCUUAUAAAAACAUGAAAAAUUUGAAAGUUAAAUAUAAUAAUUUAAAAAAGAAAACAAAACAAAAAUACUCACAAAACAAACGCUGUACUCUACAAACUGGCGGUGGUUCUUUUGAUACAAAGACCAUUCUUUUUACCGACGUAGAUGAAACUAUUAAAAGUAUUAUAGGGCCUCAGAUAACUGGUAUCCAGAAUGAAUAUGACAGCGACAAUGUUAUGAAUGUUGAUAAUGAUGACGGGGACGAUAAUGCUGACGGUAAUGCUAAUGCUGACGGUAAUGGUAAUGCUAACAGUGGUGAUAAUGCAGAGAAUAUUGAUUACAACAACAUUAUUAUUGAAGAAAUCGUUGAAGAAAAUGCCAGUCUGUUGGAUGCUGACCCGUCAGGCACAAAUGUUGAAGAUGAUCCGGCUGCGGCAGGGAAUAACUGGACACAUUACUCUUCAGCUAAACUAAAAAUGCCUGUGUCAACUAAAUUACAAUUCAAAACCCAAAAGACUGGAAUUAGACGUAAGGGACCUCUUCUUGUACAUAAGAAAUCAGUCAAUAAAAAGUAUGUACAUGUUAGUCAAAAACUUAUAGAAGAAAAAAUCUCUUUAGUUAAACUACAAAAGGAGAAAUUGAUGGAAGAACAUCUGCUGAAGAUGUACAUCCUUAAAAAAAAACAAGAACUGAUUGAGAAAAAAUUAAAACAAUAUAGUGAGCGGUGUACUAAUUUUAAAAGGAGCAGUAAUGAUGGGCAGGUUAGGAAAGAAGAUUUGCAAAUUUUACAAAAUGAGUCCAUGGACAUAAAUGAGUUCUUGGACACGAACUUUGGAGAGUUGGAAGAGUUGCCAGUGGAAAAUAAAGAACCCAGUAACACGCAUCCAUGGAAAAGUAUUGACGUUAUAAUCCCGGCCAAGGAACAAGGCAAUGCAGAAUUACCAAAACUACAAAAUAAUAAACCAUCCACAUCUAGAGCAGAAAGUCCUGCACAACUUAGGCAGCAAAAUGGGCUUCUGCUGCAACAGAUUAAUCCCAAGAGGCGAAAGUCCUGUUUAAAAAAUGUGACUGAACAGUACCUUUCUAACUUAAACAAGUAUCUUGUAAAACAAACCAGUACAAGUGUCGACGAUGGUUUUAGGAAUGGUUUGGGGCAACUUGUCACUGCCAUUCGUAACAAAAGAAGACGUAAAAGGGCCAAACAAAAAAUUAUUGAGUUGGCAGCUACUUUUGACAGCACGAGUAAAUCGUCAGAAUAA